ACCAAAUUUCAGGGACAACAAUAGCAUUGCUUAAUGUUAUUAGGCUCGCCUCUGUUUCCAGUUAAUCGGAAUCGGAAAAGUUGCCGGGAUCUGAACUGAGGAUUGCUUCAAGAAUUUGAUAGAUAGUUUAUUGAUGGAAUCACUGAUGAAUUCAAAGUUGAUCUCACCUCAUUUCUUCACUGUGAAGAAUCAACAUAGUUAUUUCAUUCCUAGAUUCUCUUCACAGCUCGUCAAUCAAAAUAGAAUUAGUCUUCCUGGUUUGAAAAAACACCCAAAACAUUUCAGCAGUCUGGUUUACGCUUCAACUCACCCUAUUCAAACCUCGUCUAUGGAACACCUCAACAACGCAGUACCAUCCAAAGAGGUGCUGGAGCUUUGGAAAAGUGCAGAAGCUGUAUGCUUUGAUGUUGAUAGUACAGUUUGUAUAGAUGAGGGUAUUGAUGAGUUAGCAGAAUAUUGUGGAGCUGGAAAGGCUGUUGCAGAAUGGACUGCUAGGGCUAUGGGUGGUUCAGUUCCAUUUGAAGAAGCCUUGGCUGCCAGACUAUCUCUGUUUAAACCUUCCCUCUCCCAGGUCCAAGAUUUUCUCCACCAGAAACCGCCAAGACUUUCUCCGGGCAUAGAUGAAAUGAUCAAGAGCUUGAAGGCCAAGAAUAUUGCUGUUUAUCUGAUUUCUGGUGGCUUUCGUCAAAUGAUUAAUCCUGUUGCAAGUAUUCUUGGUAUUCCAACUGAGAAUAUAUUUGCCAACCAACUACUAUUCAGCAAUUCGGGUGAGUUUGUUGGGUUUGAUGUGAAUGAACCCACAUCGAGAAGUGGUGGAAAAGCCAAAGCAGUUCAACAGUUAAAGGAAGCUCAUGGUUACAAGAAACUAGUCAUGAUUGGUGAUGGUGCAACUGACCUUGAGGCUCGGAAACCUGGUGGUGCUGAUCUAUUUAUCUGCUAUGGUGGAGUUGUACUUAGAGAGACUGUUGCAGCCAAAGCCGAUUGGCUAGUUCUCAAUUUUACUGAUUUGAUCAACAAUUUGAAUUAACUAAGUUUAUUCUUCUAUUGUUGGUCCCAUUCUAUUGUUGGUCCCAUGCUAGUAUUUUGAUCGUUCUUCAUAAUGAUUUAUGAUUUGUGUAAAACACCAAAUUCAAUUUUUAUUGUUUUUCAGUUAAAUGAAGAAUGAGU